AUGCCGUUUAUAUCGGAGACGGCGAGUGCAAUAAAGAGUAGGUUUGGUUUCCACAGCCGUUCCACUUCCUCGGAGACCGUGCUGUCGGCGCGGACAUCUCCUGAUCUUUCUCGCAAGUCGGCGGUAAGAGAGAAUCCUUAUGGCCAGUCGCACGCUGCCACGUCGAUAGUUCAUAGUAUCGGUGACUUGGAGGACAAUGCCGCCGCCAGUGCUGGUUCAUCUCAGAUCUUCGAGGUUAAUGAAGAUCCAUCUUUCUGGAAAGACCAUAACGUUCAGGUUCGUCCUCUCAAUAAUUCUGAAAUAUCAGCACAAGGGCACAGCAAGUGUAUUAGUAUAAGCAAAACCCUUGAACGAUACCAACGUUGCUGCUUCAAUCCUCAGGACAACAGUAUCGAACGUGAAACACAGAGCUGGUACCAGGAGGUAACAAAGUUGAAAUCAAAAUAUGAAUCUCUUCAACGCACACAAAGGAAUUUGCUUGGAGAGGAUCUUGGACCACUGAGUGUGAAAGAGCUGCAAAAUCUUGAGAAACAGCUUGAAGGAGCUCUUGCACUGGCUAGGCAGAGGAAGAAUCAGAUUAUGGUCGAGCAAAUGGAAGAACUUCGCAAAAAGGAGCGUCAGCUUGGAGACAUAAACAAGCAACUCAAGAUCAAGCUGGAGACAGAAGGACUAAAUCUGAAAGCCAUUCAAGAUUUAUGGGGUUCUAGUGCAGCAGCUGCUGCUGGAAAUACCAGCUUCCCUCUCCAUCCUUCACAUGAAAGCCCUAUCAACUGUGAACACGAGCCUAUUUUACAGAUUGG